GAACGUCAUUAUUCAACACGAAACGAGUGCAAAAUUCUAGUGAGACUAAAAUUGAUUGUGUCCAAAUAUGAAGUUGCCAUUCAGGAGGAUAUUAAUCCUGUUGGCCUUGCUGUAUGUGGGGUCUCUGCUGGUACAGAGUGCAAGGGCCCGGAGCAUUCCGGGAGACAAACAACAGCAGCAGCCUGAAAGUACAAAUUCCAGUGAAUAUGUCCUGAAAAAGGAUAACGCCACCGAUUGGGCCAAGGUGCGGAGAGAUCUGGGGCAGCCCGUGGACGAGGAACCCGCACAAUCAUUACCUCAGUAUCCAUUUGCGAGCUCCAUUAGGCACUUGGCCCGCACCAAUAGUUCCAAUUCUUCUGGCAAUGCAACUGCCGAAGAGGCGACACCCUUGGACUUUAACACGUCGCAUCUGCCGUGUGACUUGGAUUCUGGUGGACGGGAGUCCGUUGUGUGGGCCUUUCCCAAUCACUGCAUCUGGGCCUAUAACAACAAAUACAACUCGGAGAAGGCCUUCAAGAUCUACAAGAUCUUUCAGCUGGAGGCCUUCUUCUUUGGCCAGUACUACGAGCGUCUGAAACGCUUCGAAAUGGAUCCACACGUCUGGGACUAUACGAAAACGGGCGUUACCUAACAAAGCCGCCGCCCCGGGCAACAUUUAA